UUAAUUUAAAGGCCAAAAAGUGUGAAAAUAAUUGUAGGUAAGGUACCUUUGAUUAGUUAGUUACUUUAACCAUUUAGCACUCCAUUCUGCUUUUUUGUUUCCACAAUCAUACAUACUCUUCUUCUUUCAUCAACUUCCUCACUUCCUUACGUAAAUUCUCCUCAAAGCAACCCAUCACCAUUACCACAGUACUCUCCCAAACUCACACACAACAAGAAAGAACCUAUCAUCAGAUUCCACAACACCCUCAUAUCCAUAAAACAAAAACAUUCUUAGUAUUUCCUCAGCCUCACUCACUCAUAUUCGUUCACACCACAUGUCAAGCACAAACAUAAACAACAUGCUUCUCCUUCUUCUCUUCCUUCUCACACUCUCAGCCAUAACAACCCCUUCAACCUCCUCCACUGACUCUUUCAUCUUCGGCGGUUGCUCCCAGCUGAAGUUCACGCCUGGUUCCUCUUACGAGAACGGCGUGAACUCGAUCCUCACCUCCUUGGUCAACUCAGCCACGUUCACAAACUAUAAUAACUUCACCAAUCAGGGCACCGCCGCGUCGGACACCGUCUACGGCCUCUUCCAGUGCCGUGGGGACCUCAGCAACGACCAGUGUUCUCGCUGCGUGGCGCGUGCGGUGAGUCAACUCGGCACACUCUGCUUCGGCUCGUGCGGCGGCGCGUUGCAGCUCGACGGCUGCUUCGUGAAGUACGAUAAUAUCACGUUCCUUGGGGUGGAGGACAAGACGGUGGUGGUGAAGAAAUGUGGGCCGUCGAUUGGGUUGACCACAGAUGCGUUGACCCGAAGGGAUGCUGUGGUGGCGUAUUUGCAGGCGUCGGAUGGGACUUACAAAACGUUCAGGUCGAGUGGCUCUGGGAAUAUGCAAGGUGUGGCGCAGUGCACGGGAGAUUUGAGUCCCAGCGAGUGCCAGGAUUGCCUUUCCGAUGCCAUCCAACGGUUGAAAACGGACUGUGGGGCCUCCACCUGGGGAGAGAUGUACUUGGCCAAGUGCUACGCGCGCUACUCGGAAGGUGGGAGCUACUCGCGCGGAAGUAACGCUGAUAACAAUCACAAUGAUGAUGAGAUUGAGAAGACACUCGCCAUUCUAAUUGGACUCAUUGCUGGGGUUGCUCUAAUCGUCGUUUUCCUUUCCUUCUUGUCCAAGGUGUGCGAAAAGCAUAAAGGUGGUAAAUAAAGAAUAAUAUGUGCAUAGCACUGGUAUUGAACUUUUGUCCAUGCUUUUCUAUGGUAUACUACUUGUCUUUCGGUGGCUCUUUUGGCACUCUUUUAGUCCCUCAGUUUAAACUUUCCCUUUUUGUAUUCAAUCCGUCUUAUUCUUAUCUUUGUAAGCUUCCUGCAUAGUUCCCUUUAUAAAAAAAUACCAGUUAAGGUAUAGAUAGAAAGAUGUGUAUGGAAAAAGUAGUUCCUUGAAACAAGUUACAGAAUUAGUUGCAAUAAGGAGAAAAGGCUCAAAGAUUCCACUCUCUGUGACCACUUAUUUACUUGUCUAGUGUCCACUAAUGUGUACAAAUAGUGAACAUUUCAGUGAAAAGUUCAGUAUGUUAUGUUAUAGCCUUUGGUGGGUAUAGAGUUUUUGCUUACUUUUAUAUUAGAACAAGAUGAAGAACUUUACUUUCCAUCCAAAAAGUUAGAUGAAGACAAACUUGAUAAAAUUUCUGUCAAAUCAG